UGUCGUUUAUCUGUCACUGUGUUAAUGUGUUUAUUAUAUUUUGUACACCGUGGUUAGUAGUACCACACUCAUACCACACUAUACAUACAGGAAACCAUAGACAUAGACCAACCAACGUAACAAAGGUACAAUUCUUACACAGUACCUCUUGGUAGAAAACGCCGAAGUAGAAAAUACAAAAUAGAAAACUAGAAACCAAGUAGAGACAAAUAACGUCGCGCUGUAACCUACAUCAAAGAGUACAUAAGUACAUUUUUAAUAAAAGUACUAAAAGUGGAUUUUAGUAAAGUGUUUGUCGAUUUGUGUAUUUUAUUAUAUUUUGCAUACUGUCUAGUUAUUUUUUAGUCAUAUAUCGAAAUUGUGUGUUGAAAGAUCAAAUAUCAAUUGAGAUUUAAUAGCCGUCAACAUGGGGCGAGGAAAGAAAAAAAGUAAAGCUUCAGGACAAGUUGAUAAGGGUAAUGAACCCUCUUCAUCUCAAUCAUUGAGUGAACAAGUGCAAGAAAUGCACAUAGGAAGUACUUCUGAGCCUACGGAGCCUACGGAGCCUAUGAAGGAGACCAAAGAAGAGGAGGAAGAAGAAGUUAUUGGGUUAGGUUUAGGUCCAUCUAAGAGACGUCCUCGUAAAAAGAAAAAGGCCACUGCUGCUGGUGAACAGUAUGCAGGUUCUUCUACAGUUCCUACUGAGCAAAUGUCUGGUUUAACACCUGCUGGCCCUUCCCAAGCAUUUCCCAAACUUUCUGCAGGAACAGGAGCGUUGAGAUCACCACCCACUCCACAGGCUCAAGUUGUCCCAGUUCCAAGUAUUGAGCAGCAGGUGCAUGCUAAAGCGCAAACUCGUCCUGCCUGGGGUGCCCAAUCUGUUUCACAUCAGCAACAACAAUCUUAUCCAGUAGCAGCCUCCUCACAACAACAGGCACAAGUACAACCUCCAUCUGCUUGGGGCACUUCACGUCCACUACAACAACCUCAUCCCGCUGGUGGGUCUUCUCAACCACCAACAAAAACACAUCCACAAAUGACUAAAGUGCCAGCACCUGAUAAACCUAGUCAACCAGGAGAAAAAGGAAAAAUUGAAGGAAAAUCGUCCGCUGGUACUGUGAGCCGACUUCAAGUACCCGCUAAAAUACAAGGCCGUAUAGUUACCCAGCAAUCAAGGCCAAUCAAGAUACUCGUAAACUACUUAGAAAUGAAAAUUAAAGCUAUAAAAGUAUAUCGUUAUGAUGUCUCAUUCAAGCCGGACAGGCCAAAGAAAAUGUUAUCAAAAGUUUUUCAAAAAAUUAAAGCACAGCAUUUUCCUAAACACAUAGUUGCAUUUGACCAACAAAAAAACUGCUUCACCUUAAAUCCUCUUUGGAAAACUGGCGAUGAACGCCUAAACGCGAGCGUUGAAAUAUUAGAUGACAACGAAAAAAAAAUGACUUAUGAGGUGACAAUAAAAGCUACGGGAAUUGUGGAUACAGGAACCAUUUUAAAUCAUAUGCAAACUGCAGGGUCUUCGUUGAGUCCACCAACAGAAGCUAUCCAAUGUAUUGAUGUUAUAUUACAGCAAGGAACUUUGCAAAAUUACAUUAGGGUUGGACGACAGUAUUUUAUGCGUCCGUCGAACCCCAUCGAUCUCACCUAUGGAAUGGAAAUGUGGACUGGUCUGUUCCAGUCUGCGAUAUUCACUUCACGUCCAUUUAUCAAUAUUGACGUGGCACAUAAAGCGAUACCGAGGCAUCAAUCAUUGCUCGAUGCACUUAUAAAGGAUUUUAGGAUGGAUCCAAAUACGCCGCUAGAGAGACAGAGGGAUUUAGAUUAUUUUAAACAUUUCCUUAAGGGACUGAGGGUGAAAGCAAGACUAGGUGGCGGUAGUCAAGUUCGAGAGUAUAUUUGCAAUGACAUUGUCGAACCUCCAAACCGUUUGACAUUCAACGUAAAUAAUUCCGAUGGAACGACAAGAAAGAUAACCGUUGAGAAGUAUUUCCAAAUUGAAAAGAAUUACAGAAUUCGCUACCCGAAUUUGAAUUGUUUGUGGGUGGGAUCUAGAGAUAAAAAUAUUUAUUACCCAAUGGAGCUGUUGGAGAUAUCGUAUGGUCAGGCAAUCAAUAAGCAGAUGGUCGAUAAACAACUCCAAAUAAUGGUCCGUGAGUCAGCGACUCCGCCUGGCGACCGUUUAAAUAAAAUUAAAGAAGUGAUUCGUAACAUGAAUUACUCAAGAAAUGAGUGCUUUAAGCACUUUCAGUUGGAUGUUGCAGAUAAAUUUUUCCAAGCUGAUGCUAAAGUCUUGCCAGCUCCGAAAUUAGAUAUUGGAGCGGGAAGAUCUAUCGAUCCUAGGAGAGGAGUGUGGCAAGCUAACCGCUUUUUGCAGGCGAGUGCGCUAACCGCGUGGGGUGUGAUUGUUAUCGAAGCGCCACAGGCUGCCCAUAAAGGUUCAGAUUUCAUAUCAAUGAUACGUCGUAUUGGAAGUCAAAUGAGUAUGAAUGUGACAGAACCGCUAAUGACAAACUUCAAUGUGAAGAUGGUUGAAGUAAGGAAAGUAUUGCUAACAGCAUUUGAAAGGAAGAUAAACAUGCUGUUUGUCGUCGUACCAUUUAGACAAAAGGAUGCUUAUGACAAAGUAAAACGUAUGGCGGAACUCGACGUCGGUAUUCUGACUCAGUGCAUCAAAGAGCAAACUCUUGGGCGUUUGUCCGACAACACAGUGAGAAACAUAUUGCUGAAGGUGAAUUCCAAACUAAUGGGCAUCAAUCAAGGUUUAGAAACCAGGUCUCUGCCGGAGUGUAUCAAGAACGGAAAUGUGAUGAUGGUAGGAGCUGACGUCACCCACCCGUCGCCCGAUCAGAAAUCUAUCCCAAGCAUAGCUGCGGUCACUGCAUCAAUUGAUACCAAAUGCUUCUUAUACAAUAUCGAAUUAAGCAUUCAGACACCCAAGGAAGAGAUAAUAGUGGACUUUGAAAACAUGAUAUAUGAUCACCUGGUAAUAUACAGACAACGUCAAAACGCGCUUCCUCGCAAAAUUUACGUGUUCCGUGAUGGUGUAUCUGAGGGACAAUUUGCCCAUGUAAUGAGACAUGAACUAAUGGCAAUAAAAAAAGCCUAUUAUCGUUUGGAAGAACGGCAGAAACCGGAAAUUUUAUUCUUACUCGUGCAAAAGAGACAUCACACGCGAUUCUUUUUAGGUGAGAACAAUCCACAAAAUGUAGAACCUGGUACGGUUGUUGACAAGGAUAUUGUACAUCCUCGGGAAUUGGACUUUUAUUUGGUGUCUCAUCAGGCCAUCAAGGGGACGGCUCGACCCACUCGUUACCACUGUGUGUGCAACGACGGAAAUAUUCCAUCGGACGAAGUGGAGCAGCUCGCAUACUACCUGUGCCACCUGUACUCGCGCUGCACGCGCGCCGUGUCCUACCCCGCGCCCACGUACUACGCGCACCUGGCCUGUCUGCGCGCCCGCGCGCUCACGUCAGGAGACCGCUUUGACAACACUGAGUUAGAAGUAAAGCCUAAAAGACUUCGUGUGGUGGACAGGAUGCUGCAAUACAGCCGCAUGUUUUACGUUUAAUUUGAUUAAAAUUUAAAUGAUAUAAUUGUCGUGUUGUCUAUGAAUACAACAACUAUUGUCGUAAUAAUAUUUUUUAAUUAAAAUUUUUCUUCAUAUAAUUUAAUAAAAAAUGAAAUUUA